AUGACCGACAUCGGAUCUACACCGUUGCCGCGGCCAGCGGGUGAAAACCACCCUCUUAUCCGGCACCGAAACUCCAUCUCGACCUCAGUUGAGGUGAUCCCCUCCAAUGUUACCCUUCUCCACCACAACUCCUCCUCCUCCUCCUCCACCACUACUAUCACGAACUCCGCCUCCGCCUCAUUAUUAUCAUCAUCGUCAUCGUCAUUUCCCUCCGAUGAUCUCGAGCUGUUAUCAAUCAAGCCGGCCUCCCAUAGAUAUACUUCUCUAAAAGACCUUUUACCCUCAGUUGCAGUUAACUCCCCGAGGCCCAGCGUGCCUCAUCAAGUUCAAUUAGGGUCCGGUAUCUGCAUCCGCAAUCGCCUCGUGAAGCAGGCUGCUUGGGCUUAUCUCCAACCCAUGUCCACUUCCCCUGACUCCGCCGGAAACGGUUUCCUCCACCGCGUCUGGCCGUGUGUAGCCGCCUUCUUUGACUUCGUGAAUCGCCAAAUUGUCCGGGUCUUUGAUUGGAUCCUUAGGACUACCCAGAUUCGGAGCUCCAGAUAA